AUUUAAUAUAUUUAUGAAUUAUGGUGUGAGUGGAUAAGCUAGUUAAAAAAAUUGCAAUAAGAUCGGUUUUCGUAUGCAUAAUUUGAUUACACCAAAUGAUAUGAAUGACUAAGAACCAUAACUCUUCAUCGGUUAAAAGAUCAACAAACAUCAAGAAGGUUCGGUUAAAGGACUAGGCCCUGUGUAAAUGGCCGAGGCGUCAGCCCAAGCAGCCAGUCCUUCGGUUGUGCUAACAACCGAAACUCAAGAGAAUCAGCCCAGUCCAAGACUACACCUGAAGCUAAGAAAGCCUAAAAAUGAUAAGAAAGUCAAGUGGAGUACAGAAACUGUAGAUAAUGAACAUCUGAAUAAGAAAAAGUCCAAAUGUUGUUGUGUCUAUGAGAAACCAAAAAUGUUUGGUGAGUCAUCAGAUGAAGAUGAUGAGGAUUUUACAUGUAAUUGUCGUGGACAUAAAGACAAAUGCUUCAAACAUGACCAUGAUCAUGAUCAUGGAUCAGGACCAAAUGAACAACCUGGACCAAGCAGUUAAUGGCACUCCAAACUGUUGCUUGUUUUUAUUGUUAAGUCAGAUUUUAAAUGUACAGCUUGUUGGGAUAUAUUAAUAUAUUGCAUUAUAUGCAAUUUCUAAACAAAAUUUCUGAUUUUGUAUCUUAUGUUUCUAGUUAAUUGUUUUUCAUAAAAUAGUUGUUAUAACACAUUGUGAUAGAAAUUCGAUAUUUGACUAUGAUCCAUCAGAUUUAUUGUUUGCUCUGUGUAAGAUCCGAAAACACCCUGUAAGGGGAUAUGGUCAGUAAGCUUUUAGAAUCCCAUGAAAUAUUUUGACACAAAAGUUUCAAUAUUUUGCUUUUUUUCAUUUUUUUUUCUAAUAGUUUAUUGUAAUUUGAUAAACAUUUGAUCAAUUUAACUCUCAAUUUUGUUUUUAAUUCAACACUUUGGCUUACAUGAAAAAAAAUUGAUAUCAAAAUGCUGGCAUGUCACUCAAAUUUAUCUUUGAUUAAAAAUAUUGCAUGAAAGGUCAUCUAAAUGUGUCUUUUGGGAUGUUUUCAAAUCUCAAUUGCACUUCAUCAUAUUUUACAGAGCACAUUAUAAGAUCUGAUAUGAUUUAGAUUUUUUGUUACAUCCGUAAGAAAAUAUUUUUUUAAUUAGAAACUGUUAUUGUUAUUUGCUUAUCUGACAAAUAUUGACUGAUUGUGUUAGGCCAAAAUAAAAUAGUUAUUUUUCCAGUAACCAAACUGACCCCAA